AUGGAGGCGCUGGGUCUGGGUGCUCUCACCCCGGAGCAGGCGGCGGCCCCGGUCAACACGGUGGAGGAAAAAUGGAGACUUCUUCCAGCAUUUCUGAAGGUGAAAGGACUGGUGAAGCAGCACAUAGACUCAUUCAACUAUUUCAUCAAUGUUGAGAUAAAGAAAAUCAUGAAGGCCAAUGAAAAAGUGACAAGUGAUGCUGACCCAAUGUGGUACCUGAAGUACCUCAAUAUCUAUGUGGGUACUCCAGAUGUGGAAGAAAGCUUCAAUGUGACACGACCUGUAUCACCUCAUGAGUGCCGCCUGAGGGACAUGACCUAUUCUGCGCCGAUUACCGUGGAUAUUGAAUAUACGCGGGGCAGCCAGAGGAUCAUCCGCAAUGCGUUACCCAUUGGCAGAAUGCCUAUAAUGCUGCGUAGCUCCAAUUGUGUACUUACUGGGAAAACUCCUGCAGAAUUUGCCAAACUAAAUGAGUGUCCAUUAGAUCCAGGUGGCUAUUUCAUUGUUAAAGGUGUAGAGAAAGUCAUUCUUAUUCAAGAGCAGUUAUCCAAAAACAGAAUUAUUGUUGAAGCUGACAGAAAAGGCACAGUUGGCGCUUCUGUUACCAGUUCCACUCAUGAGAAGAAGAGCAGAACAAAUAUAGUUGUGAAACAAGGAAGAUUUUACCUGAGGCACAACACUUUGUCAGAAGAUAUUCCCAUUGCUAUUAUAUUUAAGGCCAUGGGUGUUGAGAGUGACCAGGAGAUUGUACAGAUGAUUGGCACAGAGGAACAUGUGAUGGCUGCAUUUGCUCCUAGCCUGGAAGAAUGCCAAAAAGCUCAGAUUUUUACACAGAUGCAGGCACUGAAGUACAUUGGAAACAAAGUACGGAGGCAAAGGAUGUGGGGAGGCCCAAAGAAAACAAAGAUGGAAGAAGCCCGAGAGCUGCUGGCAUCAACCAUUCUGACCCAUGUGCUUGUGAAGGAAUUCAAUUUUCGUGCUAAGUGCAUAUACACAGCAGUGAUGGUACGCAGAGUGAUUUUGGCUCAAGGAGAAAAUAAAGUAGAUGACAGAGACUAUUAUGGAAAUAAACGUUUGGAGCUGGCAGGGCAGCUUCUUUCUCUUCUGUUUGAGGAUUUGUUCAAAAAAUUUAACUCAGAGCUGAAGAAGAUUGCUGACCAGGUCAUCCCCAAGCAGCGUGCAGCUCAGUUUGAUGUCGUGAAGCACAUGCGGCAGGACCAGAUCACCAAUGGCAUGGUCAAUGCCAUCUCCACAGGAAAUUGGUCUCUAAAGAGAUUCAAGAUGGACCGCCAAGGUGUGACACAAGUCUUGUCCCGCUUGUCUUACAUAUCUGCUCUGGGAAUGAUGACCAGGAUCUCUUCUCAGUUUGAAAAGACAAGGAAAGUGAGUGGUCCUCGAUCACUGCAGCCAUCUCAGUGGGGGAUGCUCUGCCCUUCUGACACUCCUGAAGGAGAGGCCUGUGGUUUGGUUAAAAAUCUUGCCCUCAUGACUCAUAUUACUACGGAUAUGGAGGAUGGCCCAAUUAUUAGAUUAGCCAGUAAUCUUGGAGUUGAAGAUGUCAACUUGCUCUGCGGUGAAGAACUUUCAUACCCAAACGUGUUCCUGGUUUUUCUUAAUGGUAACAUCCUUGGAGUCAUACGUGAUCACCAGAAAUUAGUCAACACCUUUCGGAUCUUGCGUCGAGCGGGUUAUAUCAAUGAAUUCGUUUCCAUCUCUACAAAUCUGUCUGACAGAUGUGUCUACAUUUCCUCUGAUGGAGGAAGAUUGUGCAGGCCUUACAUAAUUGUCAAGAAGCAGAAACCUGCAGUUACAAACAAGCAUAUGGAAGAACUGGCUCAGGGAUGCAGGAAUUUUGAAGACUUCUUGCAUGAAGGCCUUGUUGAGUAUUUGGAUGUGAAUGAAGAAAAUGACUGUAACAUUGCCCUGUAUGAAAAUACAAUCAAUAAAGAUACAACCCAUUUGGAGAUAGAACCUUUCACGCUUCUGGGUGUCUGUGCUGGGCUGAUUCCAUAUCCUCACCACAACCAGUCCCCAAGAAACACUUACCAGUGUGCCAUGGGGAAACAAGCCAUGGGUACAAUUGGAUACAAUCAAAGAAACAGGAUAGAUACUCUGAUGUAUCUCCUUGCUUAUCCACAAAAGCCAAUGGUCAAAACAAAAACAAUAGAACUGAUAGAUUUUGAGAAACUCCCUGCUGGACAGAAUGCCACAGUUGCUGUGAUGAGCUACAGUGGCUAUGAUAUUGAAGAUGCUCUUGUCUUAAAUAAGGCUUCUUUGGACAGAGGUUUUGGAAGGUGUCUUGUGUACAAGAAUGCCAAGUGUACACUGAAGCGUUACACAAAUCAGACAUUUGAUAAAGUGAUGGGGCCGAUGCUGGAUGCAGCUACCCGUAAACCAAUCUGGCGCCAUGAGAUUUUAGAUGCUGAUGGUAUCUGUUCUCCAGGUGAAAAAGUAGAAAAUAAGCAAGUUCUUGUGAACAAAUCUAUGCCAACUGUGACCCAGACACCUCUGGAAGGAAGCAGUGUGCCUCAGCAGCCACAGUACAAAGAUGUGCCAGUAACCUACAAAGGUGCCACUGAUUCAUACAUUGAAAAAGUAAUGAUUUCAUCAAAUGCAGAGGAUGCUUUCUUGAUUAAAAUGUUGCUGAGGCAAACCAGACGUCCAGAAAUUGGAGAUAAGUUUAGCAGUCGUCAUGGACAGAAAGGGGUGUGUGGACUGAUUGUUCCUCAGGAGGACAUGCCAUUUUGUGAUACAGGGAUCUGCCCAGAUAUCAUAAUGAACCCUCAUGGCUUCCCGUCGCGUAUGACGGUAGGAAAGUUGAUUGAACUCCUGGCUGGAAAGGCUGGGGUGCUCGAUGGCAGAUUUCACUAUGGAACGGCUUUUGGCGGCAGUAAAGUUAAGGAUGUGUGUGAAGAUCUUAUUCGCCAUGGUUAUAACUACCUCGGGAAGGACUAUGUAACAUCUGGGAUCACUGGGGAGCCUUUGGAGGCAUAUAUCUAUUUUGGUCCUGUGUAUUACCAGAAACUGAAGCACAUGGUGCUGGAUAAAAUGCAUGCAAGAGCUCGAGGACCCAGAGCAGUGCUCACCAGGCAACCCACUGAAGGUCGAUCCCGUGAUGGUGGUUUACGUCUUGGAGAGAUGGAACGGGAUUGCUUGAUAGGUUAUGGAGCCAGCAUGCUUUUAUUGGAGAGACUGAUGAUUUCAAGUGAUGCCUUCGAAGUGGAUGUUUGUGGGCAGUGUGGCUUGCUGGGGUACUCUGGAUGGUGCCACUACUGCAAAUCAUCAUGUCACGUGUCUUCUCUGCGCAUACCUUAUGCCUGUAAACUCUUAUUCCAAGAACUGCAGUCCAUGAACAUCAUACCUAGGCUAAAACUAGCUAAGUACAAUGAAUGAACAAGAUUAAAAAGACCCAAAAAAAGUACCUUAAGGAAUUGAAAUCCAGCAUAUCUAACUCAGAGUUUUUUUGGUGAACAGGAAUAAACUCUAAAACUGGAGUGAGGGGAGGUGCAAGACAGUAGGAAUUUUUUCUUCCAUAUCCUCCUUGUUUUUAAGCUGACAUGGAAGAGUCUGUCAGUGAAACACACUGGGAGCAGUUGUGAAGCCUUGAUUAGUCAUGAACGGGACACGUGGGAAUUGUGGAAUAAGACCUUGGUCCAGCAAAGCACUCGGAUCACUUCAAAAAAUCCCAUGCCUGCGUUUGAAAAGGUCUUUGCUGGACUAGGUCUUAAGCAGAGCUAAAUAUGCAUCUUAUUCAUAGAGGUUAAAAAUGUUUUCCAAACCAUUAUAAUAAAUGUUUUAAGUAAUACUGGCUGAAUGUUGAUAGUUGUGUAAGGAUGGUAAGGCCUUAUAAUGCCAAAACCAUUUUCUGUUCCUAAAGCAGUUUGCUAAAGCAUUAAAGUUUUCUAAAGAAGUGUCAGUGUUAGAGAAAUGAAAUUUCUUUCUCAAGAGCUUGAGAUCAGACAUUAUGAGUGCAAUUUCAGCAUGCAGAUGCAUUUGUGUGCCAGUGAUGGUGUGCUUGUACAGGUAAUAUGCUCUCUACUGAAUGUACACAGUUUCCAUGAAGUUCAGGGGAGGAGGUGACUGCAUAUGUAGCAAAUGCAUGAUACAGCACACAGACAGCCAGUAUUCCAUUCCUACUGAGGGUAGCAGGUCUGAUAAUACACUGGCUCAAAGUCCUGAAAAGACAGGCUGCAGACACUAGGUAGUGAUCAUUACCUGGUGUGCUGUCAAAGGGCUCUAAAACGUUUUUGAAAUAUGAAGACAGACAAAACAUUUUAAGAACAAAACAAAACCAAGCCUAUGAAGAAGAACAAAUCCUUCACUGACAGUGAAGCAGGUUUGAGUAACCUGAAAGGAUUUAGAAAGGGAACAGCUGGAUUUUUUUCAUGAGGUCUUAAGGCCUAGAAUUAAAGCAGUGGAUGAACUAAGAAUCAUUUAGUUCCCUAAACUAAUGAGCCCUUACUCAGCAAAACAUGCAGUUAACUUUUUAAGCAGAGGACAUUGACGUGUACAUGUUGCCGUUUGUUCGUUUUGUUCUGAUUCUUAAGUUAAAUGGUUUGUUCUUGAUGUUAUUCCCCCCAUAAGUUGUAAUGGUUUUACCCGGUUGUCAGUUCUGUAAACUCCUCCCCUUUUUCCUGAACCUUCCCUGCCGGUCACCCUGUUCCUGCCCCUGAGCCCCAUCAAUCUCUGUAAACCCCACCUUUUGUUCUAGCUCCUUCCCUGCCAUUCAUCCCUCCCUCGAGGCCCCAUUGGCAUUGUGACUGCCGCCCCUCCCACGUGUUGUUCCCAUUGGUUCCCCACAUUGUAAACCCUCCCUCCAACUCCUCCCCUGAGAUGCCCUGAUUGGUCCCUGUGUUUGUACCCUCCCCUCCUUAAAUUGAGUUGCACAGAAGUGUUCGGUGCUCAGAUUGUCCUACCCCUGACCUUUCCAGUCCUUCCCACAUCCACUGCUCCUGACCCUAGAAUAAACCUGGUUUCUGGAGAGAA